GCGGGGCCCUCCGGCGGCCACGCCCCCCUUGCAGUCGCUGCAGCUGCAGCGGUUGCAGGAGCAGUUGCAGGAGGAGCUGCAGCAGUUGCCUUGGCAACGGGAGCUGGUGGGGCAGCAGCAGCAGCAGCGGCAUCGGCCGCCCCUCGCUGGGUAUUUUAGGUCAGAUCAGACAUACUGCAACGAUGCCGGAAAUAAACACGGAUAACCUCGAUGAGCAGCAAGUGCAACUUUUGGCCGAGAUGUGCAUUCUUAUAGAUGAAAAUGAUAACAGGAUUGGUUCUGAAACAAAGAAGAACUGCCAUCUGAAUGAAAAUAUUGAUAAAGGACUGUUGCACCGAGCAUUCAGCGUCUUCUUGUUCAACACAGAAAACAAAUUACUCCUUCAACAGCGAUCAGAUGCUAAAAUCACUUUCCCAGGUUGCUUUACCAACACUUGUUGCAGUCAUCCAUUGAGCAAUCCAUUGGAACUGGAGGAAAAUAAUGCCAUUGGUGUAAGACGAGCAGCUCAGAGGCGUUUAAAGGCCGAAUUAGGAAUUCCCAUGGAACAGGUUCCUCCAGAAGAAAUUUCCUAUCUAACACGAAUCCACUACAAGGCUCAAUCCGAUGGAGUUUGGGGAGAACAUGAAAUAGAUUACAUCCUGUUUGUGAAGAAGAACGUAACUGUUGAUCCAGACCCCAAUGAGAUCAAGACCCACUGCUACGUGACAAAGGACGAACUAAAAGAACUCCUGAAAAAAUCUGCCGAUGGUGAAAUCAAGAUUACUCCGUGGUUCAAAAUCAUCGCUGAGAGUUUUCUCUUCAAGUGGUGGGAUAACUUGAGUCAUCUGAAUUCAUUUGUUGAACAUGAGAAAAUAUAUAGAAUGUAAAAAUAGGGGCAUGACCAGAAAGCUGGGAGAAGUGAUUGUAUGUGCAAAAAGAUCUUCUGUCAUCGGUUUCUUAGGCGAAUCAUCGCUAAUAUUGCACUACUGGAUUCUUUGUAAAUGACCCCUGCUAAUCAACUGUAAAUAACUGUAGAUGAUUUGUAUGAAUACGCAGCUAUGCAAGCUGUGUCUAAGUUGAUCCUCUUUCUUUUAAAAAAAAAGCCUUUUAGUUUCUUUAGCUAUCCCCAGGGCUUACUGUAUCUUUCUGGGGUUUUGAGUCUGUAAACUUUUAUAAUGUAAUUAGUAGUUUUCCCUUUUGAGGUAUAAAAAUUCAUGGUACUCUUUUUGGGAAAAUUGUAUUUUCCUUCAGGUGAACACUGUUACAAAAUAGCUCCUGCAUGGUUUUCCAAAAUAAGUGGCCCCUUUAAGUACAAUUUGGUAAAACUAGAUCUACAAGGAGUUGGACUUCAGUAGGGAUGUAUAGAAUUGAGUAUAAAUAGAAAAGUCAUCUCAUUUAAGAAAGCUUGAUAAGGUUAAUAAAUACCACUCAGUGUAAUAGUGAAUUUUUUUUUCUCUUGCACUUUGUCAGACAAGAUUUCUGAUACCCUGUGAAUGGGAUGUUAGAUUAGCUCUAUUAGGCCAAUUACCCAGGAAAUUCCUGUGAGCCUCAAUUAUCAGUACCAAGAAUACCCAAUAACAUGCUAAACAAAUACCAUAAAAAAAAUCUUUUGUCAAAUACCCAGGUAAACCAUGGUAUUGGAAGCCAAAAAAAAAAUCCAACCUAUUUUCCUCUUAGUAUCUUAAUUACUUAAGAUGGGUUAACAAAAGAUGAUAGGGAAACUACUUAGGCAAUCAUCAAAACUAAGAUGGGACUCUUGAUUGAAAACAAUUAACCCAAAAUGUACUGAUAUGUAGUUCCUAAUAUUGUCAACUCACAUUUUUAUGCACUCAUAAGUACGGCAGGAUUUGCAUGGUGAAUAAAAAAAAUAAAAAUACUACAUCCCUU